AUGGCGCAGGCAGGAGGGUCAUACAACAACCCCUUGAAGAAAUUCAAGCUGGUGUUUUUGGGCGAGCAAAGUGUUGGAAAGACUUCCCUGAUUACGCGGUUCAUGUACGACUCGUUCGAUAAUAUGUACCAAGCCACUAUUGGUAUCGACUUUCUAUCCAAGACCAUGUACCUCGAGGACAGGACGGUACGACUUCAGCUAUGGGACACGGCGGGACAGGAGCGAUUCCGCAGCUUGAUCCCAUCGUACAUUCGCGAUUCAAGUGUUGCCGUUGUCGUCUAUGACAUUUCGAACGCCAAGUCAUUCCAAAACACCAAGAAGUGGAUUGACGACGUGCGAGCCGAGCGUGGCAACGACGUCAUCAUCGUCCUAGUGGGCAACAAGACUGAUCUCAACGACAAGCGAGAGGUGACGACGCAGCAGGGAGAAGACGAGGCCAAGAGGAACAGCCUCAUGUUUGUCGAGACGAGUGCCAAGCUUGGACAUAAUGUCAAGAACCUCUUCAAGAGGAUAGCACAGGCGCUGCCUGGUAUGGAAGGGUCUGAUGCUGCAGCCCAAGCUUCUAGCCAAAUGAUUGAUGUCAAGACGAGCCAGAGCCAGACUGCUCAGGAGGGAUGUGCCUGUUAG